AUGUAUUCCCUAUGGAAAGAAGUGAGUGAUCAGAUAAAAAAAAAAGCAGAAGAUUUAAAUAACAGCAUUCAAGAAUUCAACACAAACAAUGAGGAGGUGUCACAAAGUUGUUACAAUGAAGAUAGUAUGAACAGUGAACAAACGGGACAAGUUCAUAUGCAAGAUAUCAGCAUAAAACACUGCAUACAGGAAAAAUUACAUAUCAUAAAUGACAAGUACAUAAAUAAGAAGGAUUUUCCUGAACUACAGUAUUAUAAUGAAAAGAUUGUCAGCGGAUUUAACAAUUUUAAGAAGAUAGUGGGAGAAAUUUACAAUGAUAAGUUGAAUAGCUUAAUCCUGGAUGACAUGAGCACUGGGGUUGGAAGUGGGAGUGGAGGCAGGAGUGGAGGCAGGAGUGGAGGCAGGAUUGGAGGCAGGAGUGGAGGCGGGAUUGGAGGCAGGAGUGGAGGCGGGAUUGGAAGCAGCAUUGGCACAGGGGGAGAAAAAAUUUACCUGUCCAAAAUUGUUCCAUGGAAAAAGGGAGACAUUAUGAUUUCCAAAAUUUAUCGAAAAAAAUAUGAAGAGGGAUUUCCCAUUAAUUUACCUGAUCAAAAUUUAAAUAAAUAUGUAUACCAGAAAAUUUUAAAAUUAAACUUGGAUGGAAAUAAAAUUAGAAACACUAAUAUUUUGCAGAAUUAUAAUUUUAAUUGGCUAAAAAAAAAAGAACAAAGUGAAAAAAUUUUACUUGAUGAUCCAAAUUUAGAAAAUACCAAAAAAAAUUUAGUCCCGUUCUACAUGUCCGAAAUGGAUUUCUGGAAAUCCUAUUUCUUCAACAUAGAUAUUAUAUACAAUGAAAUUGCAGACGAUAUUUACUUAAGUAAGAAAAAAUUCCCCACAGGAAUUGAGGGCUUGAAUUUUGUACCUCUUCCAAAUGCAGGAAAUGUUGAGCAUGUAGCAUCAUCUAAUGAGGUGAACAAUAUAUUAUCAUUAUUCACUAUGGAAGAAAAAGCAAUAAAUUUAAAAUCAAAAAAUGAAUAUAUGCUUAAAAGGAACGAAUUUUCUAAACAAGGUAUGGAACCCGUUGAAGAGUACAUAUCUAUCAAGAAGAUAGAAAAUGAGUCAAACUCCAAAAGUUUAAAUAAAAUGUGUGAUAUUAACAUGAAUACAGAAGGAAACGAAAGGACAUUGGGUACUAUGUCAAGUUGUCUAAAUUUACAAAAUUCUAAUAAUCAAGAUUGGAUAAGUUAUAACGGACAUUUAAAUAAACCGAGUGAAGAAACUAGGCAAAAUAAAAAAGAUGGAGAUGCUUUCUUACAUAACUGUUCACACGUACGGAAUGGCAAAUCGAGUGAUCUCUACAAAUCAGACGAUCCUACUAAAUCAGACUAUCCUAACAAAUCAGACGAUUUUGACAAAUCAAACGAUCUUACCAUAUCAAAAGAUCUUACCAAAUCAAACGAUCUUACCAAAUCAAACGAUCUUACCAAAUCAAACGAUCUUACCAAAAGAGAGGACGAAGCAAACCCCGUCAUUUCAAGCUUAUCAUUUGAUGACCAAUGUCAAAUGACGAGAACAAAAAUUAACGGACUGAAUAUUUAUAUGGACAAUGACAUAUAUAUAAAUCUUCGAGAAAAAUCAGAAACUUUUAAAUCCCUAUUUGUGAAUGACAACGAGAAGCAUGAUAGAGGCAUAAAAGAGGAUCCAGUUAUGUAUGACCAUCUAGAACAUGUAAACGAUUCAUUAUUUGCACCCCUUAAGGAUCCAUUUGACGAAGGAAAGUCAGUAGAACUCUCUGGUUAUACCAUGGAGUAUAAAGAAAAGGCAAAUUAUAAUGCAGAAUUGGAUUGUAACACCAAAAUGAAAGAACAUAGUAAAAUCCAUCUCAACACCUUGACCAUUUCAGAGAACAAUAUAAAUUUUUUGGAUUACAUUGAAGAAGAAAAUAAAAAGGUGUACGGGGAAGAAAAAUCUAGCAAUAAUGCUGAACAUAAGCCUGUAUGUUCUGAUGAAAUGGAUCAUAAAAAGGGAGUUGAUAUACUUUUGAGUACCAACUGGCAUGACACAAGUGACGUAUAUGUUUCUAAAAGUAGUGAAGAAAACAAUCAUUUAAACAAGGAUUUGUAUCAAGAGGACGCGAUGUGUAGUAAUGUGCGAAAGCAAGACAACAAAGAGGAGAAAGAAGAAAAGGAUGAACGGGAGAAAGAAGAAAAGGGGGAAGGGAAAAAAAUUUCUUCGUGUAAUAACCUGAAAAAAGUGAAAGAGAACGAAGAGUUGGACAAGUGUGUGCAGCUUGCACAGGAAGGAUUUGCAACGAAAGAACAGAAGACUUCACAUGAUUCAUUAUUUAUCAAUUGUGCAAAUGAGAGGAAUGGUUGUACAAAAUCGGACAGUGAGGAAAAUGAAGGUAAUAGAAACUGUUAUGAUAAGAUAAAAAAUGAUCCCAUUUUUUUAGAAAAAAAUAAAAGUAAUACAUUGUAUAAUAAAGCAAGCAGUAGUAGUGAAGAUGUUGAAGCUGUAGAUGCCUUAAUCAACACUACAAAUGAUUUGAACGAACGUAACAAUAGUAGUAGUGUGUCUAAUGAGGUAAAUAAUCUUGAAGAUGUAGAGAAGGAUAUUAAUGAUUGUUAUCAAAGCCAAAUGUUACAUAGUUUUAGUUCAAAAGGGUGUACGAUUAAUUCAACAGAGGAAGAAGAAUCUCAAGAUAAUAAUGACUUCACUAACAGAGGAAAGGUAUUGAGACAGGAAAGCUAUACAAAGAGCUAUGUUUACCAAUCCACUGAAACUGAACCAAAUGAUACAAUGGAAAAAUCAAUUGAUCAAAUUGAAAUACGUAGCGAUAUAGAUGUUACAAACGAAUCCAUAGAUGUGUCAAGCUGCUGGAAGACAAAAGGAGACGCAAAAAAUAUGUUAAAAGAAAAUGAUAUAAGUAUUGAUGAAUUAAAUUUUGCAGACGAAUUUGAAUUUGAUAUAGAUUCAAAUAAAUUUAACGCACAAGAGUUGGAAGAAUUUGAAAAGGAUCUUUUAAAUGCUUAG